CUAGAGAUUAGUGAGCUGGAGGAGCAGAAGGAGCAGAUGGAGCAGGAGGUGAAUCAGCUGAAGGAGAAAGUGGACAAACUGCAGACUGAGCUCCAGCAUGCAGGAGGAGCAGGGUGGAGCAGCGAGCAGGAGCGCAGGAUGCAGCGGGAGCGGGCGGAGCUGGAGCAGAACUUCGCCCGAGAGAUUGGAAACCUGGUGCAGCGGCUGAGCGCCGAGAAGGAGCAGCAGGAGGCGCAGCUGAGGCUCCAGAUGGACCAGGAGGCCUCGCUUCUCAGGCAGGAGGCGGAGCAGCAGUGCGCUCACAUGAAGCUGCAGCACGCCGACGCUCAGCGCCACCUCCUCCACCAGCUGCACCAGCACAAGGCAUUCUGGGAACAUCAGCUCAACCAAUCAGAGCAGGAGAAGGCCAGCAUCUCCUCACAGAAGAAGGAAGUGGAGGACCAGAAGAAGAAACUGAAGGAGCAGCUCCGCAGGCUGCAGGAGGCGCCACACUCCUCCCAGCUGCACGGCAGCCAAUCAGAGGCCAGGGGGCGGUGCUCUGAGCUGGAGGCAGAGCUAAGAGGGGCCAGGGGGCGGUGCUCUGAACUAGAGGCGGCGCUGACAGAGGCUAGGGGGCGGUGCUCUGAGUUAGAGGCGGGGCUAAGAGGGGCCAGGGGGCGGUCCGCUGAGCUGGAGGUGCGGAUGCAGGAGGCGUGCACUCAGCUGGAGGAAAGCUCCUCCCUUCUGGAGUCUCAGGAGGAGUUAACCAAGCAUCUGGCCUCAGAGAGGAGCUGUGUGGAAGAGGAGGUUCAGCAGUUAAGGAUCAGGGAGGAGCAACUUCUCUUGCAGGAGGCACGGCUGAAGGAGGAGCUGGAAAACCUGCAGGAGGCCGAUACCUGCAUCCACCUCUUUGACAACUCAAUCCAGCAGGAGGCGCAGCUGUGGGCGGAGCUGGAGGUGCUGCAGGAGGCAACGAGGAGCAGAGCAGCUGAGAUGGACUCCCUGAGGAGGGACCGGUCCAGGCUGAUCCAAGACCUGAAGGAGCAGGCCAUGGCCGUGGACCACCUGCAGUUGGAGCUGGAUGCAGUGUCUGAGGAGGCACGCAGGAGGAGUAGCGCGCAGCAGGCUCUGCAGGAGGCACUGCAGCAGGAGAAGGAGGAGGCGAGCCGUUUGAGUCAGGAGAACGGGAGCUACACCCGGCUGGCUGACCAGCUGUCCACCCAGAUUGUAGAGAUGGAGGAGGAGAUCUCCUCCCUCAGGGAGCACCUCCGAGACCUCAGCUCCCAGCUCAGCGCCUCCACAGACCUCGUCCUGCACCUCCGCACGCAGCUCCAUGCUGCCACGGGCCCCGGGGAUGGAGAGGAGCAGAGGAGGAGGGCAGAGGAGGACUUUGAGCAGGAGAAGAGGAGGCUGCAGCAGCAGCUGGAGGAGCUGGAGGAGUUGGUUCUGGCUCUGGAGGAGGCGACAGACCCGACCGGUCCUCACAGGUUUGAGUCCGAACGCAGAUCUGCCGCCGCCGCUCAGAACGCUUUGAACCACUAA